UUCCUUGUAACGUGUCUCCGUUUUUUUGAAUUGGGGUGGGACCAUCUUCUUUGAGACGGGAUUGGGGACGAUUCCAGAAAUGUUUCAGCUCAUUGUUGAAUUUCAUGGGCUCAAGACAGUGGCGGUGGUUUUUUUAAUUUGUAAAAGCUGGGACGGGAGAUCGUGCUGCGAGGAUAAACCCUUGUUUACUGAAGAGGGUAGUCUGGAUCGAUCAUCGGCUGUGUGAGUGGAUCUGUGAGGAUACGUGGUUUGUGGUCUUUAAUUGUGGCGGAUACAUUGUAGGUUCCUGAACAGCCUCUUGGUUUUUGCCUUUUCUUUAGAGGACAGUAUGUGAGUGUCGUAUUCAUGAGCUUUAGAAGCUCAGUAGUUCAGAAUGUCAGAUCUUCAGGUGAUGAGCGACCAGCUCAGGUUUCUUGCUCAUUAGAGCUUGAAGUUCUUAGACGUCGAAUAAUAGCUGGUUUGCAGUCGUGGUUGUUUGGUGUACACAUUGGUCUGGACUUGCACUCGGAUAAAACGAGGUAGCCUGUGUUGUGAAAGGAUAUUGAUGAGAUACGAUAUGUCUUGUUUGGCUCCAGAUCUAUUCAACCGUGGCAGAUGCGGGGGAUUGCAAUUAGCAUCUCAGUUUGAGUCUCAGUUGUACCCACAGUUGAACGAGGAGAGGAGUCGUUAUGGCCAGAAGCCAUUAUCAGGUUGGUGCCAACUGUCGAUGAGAGUCCAGAGGAAUCCUUUGUUCUGAAGACCAAUGUUGCGACAACAAUGAGUAACGAAGAAGAAGCAUUUCGAGCCUGCCCUGAUUUUUGUGCUUUAAGCAUACGCCAGUUACGAGUAGCGCAUAAUGCUCAAUUCGCUUGCCAGUAGCAUUGAUGCGCCUCUUGAAGGUCUUGUAAGCAUCGAAUCACCAGUGGUGAUCCAGUGGCUUGCAUGGAUUUUUCACACUUAGUAGUGCUUCAUGGUUCUCUUUCAUUUGUCACUACCACUAAGCCUCUCGCUGGAUGAGCGAAGGCAGAGAAUAGACUAUGUGGUACAGGUCGUACAAUGGGUGAUCCACAUUGGAUCGGUUCAUGCAGCUAUCAGCUAUGGUGCGAAACCUUCAAUGUUCUGCUGAUGCAACUUUUGAUUAAUGUCAUUCAAGUAUCGGUCGAUCCUGGACAUGAACGAAUCAUUCAACUGUACUGGCGACAUCGGUCUCUGGUUAUUGGCUGAAGUGUGGAAUGGAUCUAAUGCAGCUUCAGCCGUAUUUUGUUGCGGUAUAACCGACCCUUGAAGGCUCUGUCCUGUAAUUUCCGGAAACAUAAUUCUUUCAUUAUUGUCUCCGUCAAGGAGAGCAAGGUUAAGAGCACUGGAUAACUCAACGUCUGAGAGGUCGCCAGAAUUCUGCUCCAAGCUUCGCAGAGGCUUGAGAAGCCUGGCCAGGAUGUUGACAAUGUCAGGGGCAGAUCCGGAUCGUGGCGCGUCGACUCCGCAUUCUGAGUUCUUUGACUCCUCUGAUAUUGUGGGCACCCCUGGAGUCGUCCCCUUUACAUGGGAAGGUGAGGCAGAUCGUCGGAAAGCGCCUAUCGCACACAAUUUUGAGGCUUCUCUUUCUAAAGAAAACAAGAGGCCAGAGUUUGAGCAAGGUUCCACCUCAACCUGGUCCUGCGAGAUCGUGGAACACACUGAUGAACAGAACACUUCUGAUUCUCCUGUCAAAUCACAUGAAAGUAACCCAGAUGAUCACAUUGUGAAGUUGAACCUCCGCGCUAGCCUCAUGGGCGUGCACAUUCUGGAUGAUGAGACAGAGCUGUUUUUCAGCAGGCAAGUGAGCAACGCAAGCGCUCACAAUUUCCAGUCUGGAGGUGCGAUACCAUUCAUGUGGGAGGUGGAGCCGGGUCCGCCAUUGGAGAUGGUGACUCGAUAUCCAAGUAGUAAUCCUCCUACCCCUCCCCCUGGAAGCAGGCCUGGCAGUUCGGUACUUUACCCUGGUCAGUUUGGAUACAAGCCUACAAGCGGCAUGCUCCACUAUGGACAAUCAAAUGCUAAUACUGGGAGUAGACCCACCAGUACUGCACACUACUCGGGUCAGUUUAACCUAGGACCUGAUCCUCAAUACGGUGGGGGAGGUACUCAUUUCUCUGAAAAACUUUUCAAGAAGUUAGUAGGACAAGCAAGGACGGCACUGAAUGCAAGUUCCAGCGUUCAGUAUGAUGGUGUCUCACUCUCGAAGUCGAAAAGGUGGGACGAAAGCUCGACCGAGAGUUUGGACCAUCACCUCGGUCAUUACAGUGCUGACAUGAGAUUUGAGGACCAGUACUCUGCGUCUCCAACAAGUACUCUUGACCACCAUGGAUCAGAAUCUUCCCCUAACUCUGGCUCCGAGAGGUUCUAUCCCUCUCGCAACCCCAUCCUCGCUGCGUACUUGGAUACCAGUAUUCCGAACAGUCGAUCUCCCUCCCAGGACACGAAUAGUUCUCCCAUGAGUCAACCUUGUUCUCAGCUUCCAAAUUUCUUACUGUCGCUCACAGCCAUGGCUGAUGAUACAACAGAUGACGAUGACAUUAUAUUUGAGCAGCCUAGCACGACUGCUCCCUUGUCGCAGCCGGUGGCGCAAGGAUCUGAGCCGCAAAAGGACUGGCCCAUUGUUCAGUAUCGAGGACCACCUUCAAAACCCUCACACAAGCAUCCCAAAAGUAGUACAGUCUCUCCCAAAAGUGGUAGAACUAUUGAGAGGUGGUCCUCGAACAGCAGUUCGUGGAACCUCUCAUUAGUUUCAAAACCUAAGUCGACUGCCCCGAAGGAUUCCAAAUCUGGCUCUAAAAGAUCAAAAUCUAAGAGACAUUCUUCUGGUCCGUCAAACACUGUCACUUUGAGAGAAAUUCACACUGUCUCAACAUACGGUCGGAGUGGAGAUGCACACGGGAGGCACAAAUGGGAGAGGGAGUCGCCGUCUUGUUCGUUGCCGAGCUCAGAUGAGCUUGGCUUUGAGGCCUACGAUCACCCUGGGGAGAUGGCGCAUCAGAUGGAUGAAGAGGACUUCCCCUUUUCACCUAUUGCAUCUUCAUUCGUUUUCGGAGAACAUAACAGCUCCGUAGAGUUUUCUCAACGUAGCGUCCGAAAUGGAAUUCCAAGGGCUGUUGGUCCCAUUGUCCGAGAAUUCUCGUCUUCCAAUUUUGAGCUACAUGAGCUGCACGAAUGUAUGUCAGUUGCAAGUGGAGAUUCACACAUUUAUUCACUGGAAAGCGGUUUUUCACCUGAACAAGACUGGAUUUCUACAAAGAGUUUUCAUUACAUCAAAAGCUCAAAUGUUGAGAUUGUGGAACUGGGAGCCUCAAGAUUCAACCGAUUCUUUGAAAUCAAUCACUCUGGUCGAUUCAGCAUCGACCUUCAAACGGGACCAAGGUUGGAGCGCCAUCUAAGCUCGGGAUUUGACAUAGAAAAGACUCCUGAUGUCCUUCUCAGGAUCGUGGAAGAGGCCCACAGCAUAAGCCAGAAGAAGCGAGAUAAAGAUAAAUAUGGAUGUUUCGCUCACUGCAGAUGUCUGCCGGUUCGUAGAAAAAGCUUUCUAGGCAGAUGCUUAACGUCAAAUCAAACCCCCAGGAUUGCUAUUGCUAACAGCUUUGAAUCGCGAUUGAAAUCUCGUUCCUUGAGUUCCUUGCCCGCUGAAAACCAUGAAGGCUCCUUCCAGUUCUGACUAAAAUGGCUCCACCCCAAUUUCAUGUACAGAUGAAGAAGUCAAUUUGGAAGCAGGUUAGUAUUCGCGCAUUAACUCCAUUGCGGAAAUGUGGAGUUGAAUUUCUUGCCUCGGGAAAUUAUUGGAUACGGUCACGGCUGUGCUUCUUUGAGACAGAAGAAGCAACGUUAGAAGAAUCAACAUUACUUUUGCAUGAUUUAGACAUCUCCAAUGACAAUGCGGAUUUGCUUCUCAUUGACACAAAAGAUCCUGCCAAGUGUCAGCGUAUACUAGAAUUGGAUGAGCCUCUGCCCAAUCGGCAUGCCAUUUUCAGACUACGGAAUUUCAGCAGAUUUAGGUUAAUUUUGUACACUAGAGCUUUCGUUCAUUUCUCAGUUACCUGCCGACAAUUCUAACGUUUCUUUAGUCAUUAGUGUCCAGCUACUAAUUUUUAGAUUUCAGUCGAUUCUUUUAGGUUUACCAAUUGCCACUGUGAUAUCAAGUGCAGACAUUUACACAUUAAGUUGGCAGGUCAGUUUUGUACUCUUUCAAACUGUUUUUGUAAAUUUUACCCCCUGCAGAUCGGAGGUGCUCGGUUGCCGAACACCCUAGAACAUUUAACCACA